AUGGGACUGAGGUGCAGAAGUCAUCGACUUCAACCCUGCGUUUGGAACCUCCAACCAGAUCCGAAACUAACGUCGAAGCAUACCGAGGCUGAAGAAGUCGCGGUUAAGGUGACUGCUCACGGAAACAAAAUCCCUGCACAUGUCCCAACUAGUCAACCUCCAGCGAAAGCAGCUGACACAUGCAUGGUGUUCCGUGGUUAA